CUCCAAUUAUAUGCGAAGGCAUGUAAAAUGGGUGUCCCUAUUGGCCGGAAAAGAGCUUUUCCUCAUUCGCUGUUAAUCUCCCAAUUAUACGCGAAUACACAAAAUGGGCGUUACUUUAACGGGAAGUUAUUUUCUUCGUUUAAGAACUGCGCUGUUAAGGUAAACAGGUAAGCACCAUCAUGGAGCAGACUCAGUUGAUAGAUGAACCAUUUUUUAUAGAAGAGACUGAUAAUGAAGUAUCAAUUAGAAGACCUAUGGCAAGGAUAAAAGUCUUUAAUAAUGCUCACUGCCAAGAAAAAGAUUUUUUAUUAUUUCUUGGAGAAAACACAGUAGGUCGGGAGGAGACAUGUACUGUGGCUGUCCCUGUUGGGUCUGUGUCAAAGUGCCAUGCUGUUAUUGAAAUUGAGAGUGAUUCACAUUUAUUGUGGGAUUGUGGCAGCCUUAAUGGCACUCGCAAAGGACGCAAACUGCUGAAGCCAAGAGUCCAUUAUGAUCUGCAAAAUGGAGAUCUGAUUAUGUUUGCAGAUGUGCCCUGUCAGUAUAUCAUUCUGAACAAUGAAAGUCCCAGAGGGAGCCAAAAGGACUCAGAAAAUGCCUCACACACUAUGGCAGCAACAAAUACAGUGGCUGAUAAAAGCAAACAAGAAAUCAACUGCAGUAGUUUGCUAUCACAUAAUGGCUGUACAUUAGAACAGCCAAACAAUAAAUCUGUUGGUAUAAAAUUGGAAGAAGAGGUGGAUGCAGACGAAGAGGAAGAUGAUUCUCUCUUGCCGGACACGCAGACUCAUACAGUAACACACCCUUUGACAUUUGAGAAGACACCAGUAACAACUUUAAGAAGAUACAAUCUUCCACUUGUCUCUGACUCUGAUUCUGAGGAAGAGGAUGACAAAAGAAGAAAACAGAAAAAAAGUGCAUAUACAUCAGAUUCAUCUUCUCCAAGCGUGUCUGAUCCCAAAAAUUCAACCUUCAUGUCUCCUGGAGUAACUGUUAUUCCUGAGAGUGAAGAUGAAAGCUCUAUUACACCAGGCUCUGGACCAGAUUUGCAAAGAAAACAAUUCCAUUACGAUAGUAAUACUGAUUUAGAAGAAGAACCUCUUGUCAGUCAAUCAAAAAAAUCUGUUCCAAGUAUAGCAUCAUUUGCAAGUGAAGAAUCAGAAAUUGAGAAUUCAGCACUUUGCUUAAAAGGCAAAUCCACGAUAAACAAAAGCAUUAAAAAAUCAUUAGAGCAGCACAACUCCAAAGAAAGCCUAGAUGAAGUAGUUGAAGUUGAAGAAAGUGAAACCAGUGACACAGAUGUAGAUGACAAAGUCCUUAGUGAGCAAAAUUCAAACAUCAGUGUCGCAGAAGUCAAAGAAGCUAAAAAUGUAAAGGCAAUGGGUCAUAGUUCAAGUGUGGUCCCCUUUGAUAUGAAUCCAAUAGAAGAUAAUUGCAGUAGAAGUGUAUGUGUUAGUUUAGGGGUUGAAAAAAAAUCUCAGUUUAAGCCUUCUGCAGUAGAUUACAAGAGGAGUUCUUCUGUGGCUGAGAAUGAAGAGGGAAAUGAAAAGCCAAAUCUUAUAAAUCAAAUUGAAGCCUGGGAAGAUGAAAAGCAGCUGCUUUCAAAGCAACAUUUAGAGCUAUCUUCCCCUUGUCUUUCUAAUUCUAGAGCUGAAGCUAAGGUUGGGGCAGAUGCUGCAACUAAAAACACAAAUUCUGAGAGCAAACCUACUGCUGACCUUGUACCACUAAGUACCUUCACUCUUGAGAAUGAUACAGAAGAAGAAUGUGAAGGUGAUGAUUCCGCAAGGGGAAUUUAUGAUGCUAAAAUAAAAGCAACACUCCAAGAUGAUGUUUUUAAUGAUCAACAACCUUCUAUAACUACAUCAGCUGUAGACCAAAGAAGUCAAGUUGCAUCCCACUUUGAGAACAGCAUAGAUAUUGAAGACCAAUCAGCAUUUCUUGUGCAAAGACCUUGCAAUGUUAAGUCAUCAGAAAUGGUACCUCAAACUAACAAACAAGACGUGCCAGUAAGUAGUUCUGUCUCCACAGAACUGCAAACAUUUCAGUUAGAUAGUGAUACUGACUGUGAAGAUGAAGUGGAGAAUACCACUCAACAAGCUUUGUGUACUGAAGCUUUGUCCUCCAUGGAACUUGGCCAUGAACGACAAGUUCCCACAUCCUUACCUUCUUCAAUACAAAAUAUUAAUUUUAAUGUUCACAGUGUCACUGAUGUUGGAGAUGAAAGGCAGACUGUAAUAAAAAGUACUGAUUGUCAAAGUUCUUCUUGUUUAGAUCAGAUAGCACCUACAAGUGUUUCUGUAACUCAAGGCCUGACCCACUUUUGCCAGGACAAUAAAGUUGAAAAGAGCAAUAAUAAAUUAUUAGCAAAAUCUUCAGAUCUGUGUGUAAGUGAGGCUGUGGAUAACAGUUUAUCUCAGUUGCAGUCCCCUGUAAAUGCAUCAGCCCCAGGUGUGUUGAACAUGUUCCAUAUUGACAGUGAUACUGACAGUGAAGAAGAACCAGUUUUGGAAGGAGAUGAUACAUUGCCAACACAAGAAGAGGGUGAUUCUAGGAGAACCAGUUUGGUUGGAGUGCCUUAUAGCCCUAAUACAAAUGAUGACAGUGAUACAGAUGUUGAAGUAGAAAAUGUGCUACCACAAUGUAGUAAGUCUUACGUGAAUCCUCAAGAACUGCAUGGGAAUAAUAAUAAUGAUGAUGCACGGGAUGUUGAACAAGAGACUCAGUGCUAUAUUUACACAACUGUAAAUGAAGAUAAUAUUUUCAAAGAGCCUUUACCAUCUGACUUGAAAGGAAGAUCACAGAUUUCAUGUUCUUCUAGCUCACCUUGUAACUUCCCUACGUUGCCUCCACAAGGAAAGAAUGAAUAUGAUUUAAUCACUGCACCAACACAGAGUUUUAAUUCGGUGGAUAUCGAUCACGAUGAUAUUGCAUUGGCAGCCACCCAGCCAUAUGAUUUUGAGCUGAAUCUAUCAAGAGAUGCGAGUAUUGAUGAAACACCAACCCAGGCUUAUGACUUUAAUCAUAGAACAUCUAGCACAACAAAGGCAAAUUGUGUUCCUGCCAAUUCUGAAUGCCAGUCAGAAAACAAAAGUGCAUUUAAACUGACAAUGUUUAAGAAUACUGACAUACAGCCUGAUAAUGCUUUCAUAAAAUCUGGAGAGAAUAGUAGCACUGGAAUUACCGAUAUUGUUGAACCCUUGAAUGCAGUGCACAAAGAGGAUGAAAAUUGCACUAGCUUGGACUCAGAAACACCUUCAUUCCUUCUGGAGACACAAGGAAAUAAACAAAAAAAUGCACCAGUUACUGGCAAAGGUGAUAUUCAAGAAACUCUUUCUUCUCAUUCUGAGUCUGAGAUAAAAGCAAGUGAACCUGUUGCUGUUGCAGAAUCUGAUGAAUAUUUUACUCAGAAUACAGUUCCUGUAAGUGUUUGGGAAAGAAACAAAACCUCAGAAAGCCAUGUUAACAAAUUCGUUGAGGAGGCGAACAUCGAUAAUACUCCAGAUAUUGAACAGGAUAAUGUAAAGCAAAGAGGUUAUUGCGCUAUGCAGGCUGCUGCUGCUGCUGAUGUGCUCCAUACUAAGAAUGAAGCUUGCACUGAGGAAGAAAAGAAAGAUAAUGAUACUAUACCUCUAGACUUUGUGGAUGGACAAUUACAGACAUCAAACACAGAAAAUAAGUGCAACAAAAUAAGGGCUGAUGAUUCUGAAACAUGUACAUUGAUAGGAGAAAAAAAGAAUAACAAUCAUGAAGUUUAUAAAGAAGACAUUUCUUCUGUUGAUAAUGUAAAUAGCAAUGAAACACUGAAAGACAUGGAUGACCACGUGACAGAAAAAGCUGGGAAAAAGCAACACCUGGACACUGUUCUAUCAACUUGGAAUAUAUCGCAUGAUGUGAAUCUUGUCGAAUCAAAAUGUUUUGAAAAAAAUGAUAUUAAUGUAACUUAUAAGCAAUUAUCAGUCAAUGGCAGUAGAAUUGAUUCAGGUACUUCAUUCGCAGAAAAGGAAAUAAUAUGCAGUAGUCAUAAUACUGAAAUUCAGUUGACAGUCAAAAACUCAAAGGGCACUGUUACUGAUUUACCUAGAGAGGUUCAGAGUCCAAAAAUGGUGAAGAACAUUAAUGCAGAGAAGAAAUGUUUAACUGAAAAUUCCCUUAACCCUAUUAGUAAUACUGUUCAGAACACUGCAAUAGGCUUGUGUCUAGAAGCCAAAAAAGAUGGAACUAUGGAUUAUGAAUUUCAACCUCCUAAUAAAGAAACAAACCCAUGUGAUGCGCAAGAUAAUAAAAAGAUAAAAACUGCUCCAAUCUUUCUGGAGACAACAGAACAGAGCAUUAGCUUAAGGAAAAGUAACAGGUUGGCUUUAGCUUCACAAGGUCGAGAAGCUUCAGAAGCGCUAAAUAAACCAAAAUCCAACAGAAAAAGAACUACAUCAGUUUCUAAAAAUAAUGAUGGAAAGAAUGGGGACAAUAAUAUUGCACUGGAUGAAAAUGAUGCUAAAGCUCAGAAAAAGAGGCGAACUAUGAAGAAGCAUGUAAGCCCAAAAACUGCUGAGGCAGUCUUGGAGGAUUUAAAGGUACAAUUACCAUCAACAAAAAAUAAAGGCACUGUAAAAGCAGAAAAGGCUGGAAAAAAAACACUUAUGCCAAAGUCAAGUUCUAUACUAAUGGCAAUGAAUGAGGAGUCUGAUAAUGCAAAGAUAAAUCAUGAAAGUCAAGACAAAGUCAGUAUAGUUGAAUCAGAAAUAAACCAGCAGAAAACAAUACCUGAGACUGAGGAACGUGGGAGAAGGCAGUGCCAGUCAAACUCUAACCUCCCAGCUAAUCCUAAAGAAAUUGUAAAGACCAAUGAAACAGAGGCACCAAAACGAAGAAACAGGAGGCAAGGGAAAUCUGUAAUAGUUCAGUCCUUGGGAGAUGAACAUGUUGGAGAAGUAUCAGGUAGGAAAAACGAACAUGUUGCAUUUGACAAUGGCAAUUUGGAGUCAAUAAAUAAAAUUCCUUGUACAAAAAAAUCAAAAGAACUAAAGAGAAAGGGAAAGAGACACGAAACAUCUGUAACAGUGGAAUCUGUUUUUCAUGACCUAGCUGAUGAGGAACUUCCAGAGAAAAGGAGUAGGAAAGAAGUACCUAUUGUGUCCUGCAAUAGACGGUCAAAGAGGAAUGAAAUGGAAGUUUGUAAUGUUGAACAAAAAGAAGAGAAAGCGAAUAGUAGGAAAUUGCAAACAUCAGUUGAAGAAACUGACAAGAAGCAAGAUGAAUAUUUGGAAGAUGUUACAGAAAAUAUGAAAAAUCCUUCAGAAACGCAAGAAGUGCCCCAGUACCAAGUACGGCAUACUCGGAGGAAGACCAGCUUAACAUCUUCAGUGGUGGAAGAUGACUUGCUACAAACGACAGAGUCAUUUUCAAGAGUAUGUGUAAGAGGGAAAAGAAGUAUAAAGCAGAUGAGAUCUAAAGAUGAGCAACAAAGAGUGGAUGAGCAAGGUGGAAGAUCUGAGAUUAUUGAAGAUGGAGAGAAAGUCGAGGAGACGAUUAAACAAAUCUCCAGCACUACUACUCCUAAACAAAAAGGUUGUUUGCAGGGAACCAACAGGAGAACAAAGAAGGAGGGGACUCCUCAGAGACUGACCGGUCCAGCCACUUUGUGCUUCAGGAACCAAGAUCUGAAUCUGACUCCUCGGUCAUUAAUUAGUCGUACUCGAUGUAGCAGUAGCCCACGUGCAUCUGGGAUUGUAAAGAUAAUGUUCACUGGAGUUGAAGAUGAUUUAGCAGAAAAGACGAUUCAUCAGUUAGGUGGAGAAAUGGCUGAAUCAGUUCAGAACUGCACUCACCUGAUUACUGAUCGUGUGCGACGCACUGUCAAGUUUCUGUGUGCUUUGGCUAGAGGAAUACCUAUUGUUACACCAGACUGGCUAGAUAAGUGUGGCAAGAAUGGCUGUUUCUUAUCUCCAAAUCCAUUUCUUGUGAAAGAUAGAGAACAGGAGAAGAAUUUCAGCUUCUCUCUUGCAGACUCCCUUGCCAUUGCAAGAAAAAAAUCAUUAUUGGAGGGCUUUGAAAUCCAUGUCACUCCAAAUGUUAAACCUGAUCCACCACAGAUGAAAGAAAUCAUUGAAUGCAGUGGAGCUGUUUAUCUGCCAAAGAUGCCUGGGAAGUUUAAAGAGAAGAACAUUGUGGUGUCUUGUGUAGAGGAUAUAACUAAAUGCAAAACAGCUUUUGGGGCAUCCAUCCCUGUGGUGAAUUCAGAAUUUCUCCUAACAGGGAUUCUGCAGCAAAGCAUUGAGCUGGAGCGUUACUGCAUACAGAUGCCUGGCAUUGAAAGGCAAGGACCUGCUGAUGGACAAAUUACCUCUGGAUCCAAGAAGAAAAGGAGAUAACUAUUCAAGAUUAAUUAUUCUUUAAAUAUAUUUACAAAUGUCUGUAUUCUUAAUAUGUAAAUUUGGGAGUUAUUAAAUAGUGCCUUUAUGUAAACUUGCUAAGAAGAAUAAAAUGAAUAUCUUUUACUGUAUUCUGCAUUUACAGGAGUGAAGCUUAUUGAUGUGUAAAAAGAACAAAUUUGCUAGUAGCAAGACUUCUGUCAUCAGUAGUGCUUUAAAAUUUUUUAAAAAGUAAAUAAAUCAGGAAUAUGAAAAA